CCCGCGGGGGGGUUCGCGGGCGGGCAGGGCGGGGAGCUGGGGGGCAAAGCCCCCGCGUACCAGGGCGCGGGGGGUCAGGGGGCGGCGCAGGGGGGGCUGCAGCCCUGCGUCAGCGGGGGGGGCACCUACUCGCCCGAGCAGCUCCAGGCGCUGCCCUACGGGGUGCAGCCCGAGGGCGGCCAGGGCGGGGGCUACGGGCCCCCGGCCCCCUCGCAGGGGCUGCCCACCGCCAGCCCCUCGCUCACCUACAGCACGGGCCACUCGCCCGCCAUGCCCCCCGGGCCCCCCCUGCCCCCCUACGCCGGCCUGGGGGGCUCCAGCCCCUCGCCCAUCAUCCGCCCGCUGCAGUCGCCGCCGGCCGCGCGGCCCCAGAGCGGCGCGUCCCCGGGGCAGUCGCAGAAGUACCUGGGCUCGGUGCUGUCCCCUUCCUUCAUGGCCCCCCAGGCCUACGGGGGGGCCCCGGGCGGGGGCCUGGAGCGGCCGCCGCCGCCCCCCCCUCCCCAGGCCGGGGCGCCGCCGGGGGGUUUCGGGAAGGGGGCGAAGGGGGACGCGGAGCAGCUGCUGGCGGCCGAGCGCAGCGAGGACGAGGAUUUCCUCAUCCAGCACCUCCUGCAGGCGCCCAGCCCGCCCCGCGAGGGGCUGGGGGGCUGCGAGGAGCGCGGGGGGGCCGCCAAGGCGCUGGGGGGGUACGGGGGGGCGCUGGGCAAGGAGGAGAGGUACCAGCUGCAGAGCGUCAUCCGCCCCAACUCCAACCUGGAGGCGCCGCUGGAGCUGGCGCUGCUCAAGGAGAAGAAGAAGCCCGAGCGGGGCAAAGAGUUCCGGGGCUCCGCCGGGGGGGCGGGCGGCGGCGGAGGGGGGGGCGAGGGGCUGGCGGCCACCUCG